AUGCGACGGACACUCGAAGGCAUCUCUCGUCGUCAGGAAGCCAACGAUGAGACUAUCAGAGCCAGCGAGACAAGGAUGCAGGAGCUGCAGCCUAUGCCCAAGCGACUCGAUGACAUGGGAUUCGAACUGAACAAUCACUACAAUCUAGCCGAAGACAAGAUUCGCAGACAAGAAGCGGAGCUAAGGGCUUUGGCGGACAAGCUGGUUCGGAGUGAUGAGGAAAGACUUCACCUGGCGCGCAAGGUAGAGCAGCUUUCUACCGAUGUCUCCCUGCAGGCAACGCAAGCAGGUUCACGGGAUCUUGGUUCCACCCAGGUAGCGACCAACCGGACCAAGCGGAAAGAGGAAGAUGUUCUGUCGACAUCCGAAUCUGACGAGCAGCCGGUAUCCAGCGUAGUGGUUUCCAACGGACUAAGCACUACGAGCAACCCUCUACCGAAGCGACCACCUAAGAAGCUCAAAGCUGAGCAUCCGAAGCAUCACAAGCGCCGAAUCACGAGUUUUCAAAGAUAUGUCCAGACUUCCAAACACAGCUACCGGCGAGCACCACCCAAAAAUGGAAGCGAUAUGAAGAGAUUUAUCAACCGCUUCAUCGAGGGUAUCGAGGAAAAGAGUGUUUCCAGCAAGUUGCAGAAACAGCUUUUACAACGCUUCCAAUCAGUGGUUCGAGAAGCGAGGUCGAAAAAGGGACCGCGCAGUAUUGUCAUCGAGGGCAACUUGCAUUGGGAUGAUGUUUGCCAGCUUUUGGACUCUGCUAGCUUGCUAGAGGAUAAGGACGAGGACAAUUUAAAAGAUCUGUGA